ACCUAACCGGGACGGUGGAGAAGACUGGAAUUUGAAUUUGGCAGGAGGAAGGUGGACACUCAGAACUGCAUCCCAGUGGGGUCAGGAAGACCUGGAUUCCUAACCUAAGACGUAUCUGUUUGCCCAGUACGUUGCUCUGAAAUCCUCUCCCUAAAAGGGGAAAAAUUGGAGCCCGGUUUUUGACGCUGAAGUCAAACUUAAGACGCUUCUUCACUCUUUGAUUCUCACCUUCAAUUAGAAGUGAGUCAUCUGGAUUUCUGCGUGACUCCUUAUUUUAGUGUUGAGAUUGUGGGCUUACCCUAUGAACUAUGCCUAAAAUUGUGUCCAGGUCCGUUGUCUGCUCCUACACGCGGGACCGGGAGGAAUAUGAGGACAGCGAGAAGCCCCUCCACAUCUACUACUGUUUGUGUGGCCAGAUGGUUCUGGUACUGGACUGUCAGUUGGAGAAAUUGCCCAUGAGACCCCGGGAUCGGUCCCGGGUGAUUGAUGCUGCCAAACAUGCCCACAAGUUUUGUAACACAGAGGACCAGGAGACUAUGUAUGUUCGCAGGCCCGAAGGCAUUGAACGUCAGUACAGGAAGAAAUGUGUAAAGUGUGGACUGCCACUCUUCUACCAGUCCCAGCCAAAGAAUGCUCCUGUGACCUUCAUUGUGGAUGGAGCAGUAGUCAAGUUCGGCCAGGGUUUUGGGAAAAUGAAUAUAUAUACUCAGAAGCAAGAGCCUCCUAAGAAGGUGAUGGUGACCAAACGGACCAAAGACAUGGGCAAGUUCAGCUCUGUCACUGUGUCUACUAUUGAUGAAGAGGAAGAGGAGAUUGAGGCUAGGGAAGUUGCUGACUCAUAUGCACAGAAUGCCAAAGUGAUUGAAAAACAGCUAGAGCGCAAAGGCAUGAGCAAAAGGCAGCUGCAAGAGAUGGCUGAACUGGAAGCCAAAAAAGCAAAGAUGAAGGGGACAUUGAUUGACAACCAGUUCAAAUGAUCAGGACCUUUCUUUGAACCCAGGCUAGAGGCAAGUAUUUAGACCAGAGGCCAAAAAAUUUUCUUGACUGCAGGGACUGGUUCCUGCCUUUAUGCCCCAGCAGAAUGCUUUAUGUUGCUUCCUACAUUCAGGAGGUCUUGGAAUCCAUCUGACCUGCUUUCUACAAAUGGAUUUUUAAAAUAUAUGGGUCUUCUGUAGGAUUUUGUGUCCAUUUGAUGUCAACUUCUUUAAUUGUGAAGAAACUCUAUGAAUAGAUUAGUGCUUAAGUGUCUUUAGUUUCCAAAG